AUGCUGAGAAAUACAGAAUUCAGUUCGGGGGGCCAAAACGGUAAUGAAAAUAACACCAUAAAGUUGUUCGACUUUGGUUUACCACCUAGUGCAAGGAAAGCCUAUGGAAAUCUUGCUGAACAAUCAGACAGAAAAGCUUACAGUAACAUCAAUCUAAGUGAUACGAUAACAGAUACAGAAGAGGACAUCUCAUCACGAGGACGCCCAAACUCAUUUUAUGAGUACCCGGUGCCAAAACAAAAUACUAAAAUAACUCGAGCUGGUUCAUUCAAUUGCAUAGAUUCUGUUAGUUAUGAAAAUGAUUCAGGAGACUGGGCGCCUAAUAAUUAUCGUCAUUUUCCACGAUUCAAACCUACAGAUAAUAAAGGACCAGAAAGUGAUGAACAAAUCACUGAAAUGUCAUCACCUAUAAACAGAACUAUUAGUCCAGUGGCUGUUGCUUCAUCUACUCCAAAAACCAAUCACAAAAUACCAAUAACUAUGAAUUUAACUAAUUCAUCUGUAGCUACAGGUCAUUCAUAUGAAGUGUCUGUAGAGAAUCAUAAUAACAGCAGUAUUACACAAAACGGUCCAUAUUCACCGAGAACAGUGACACCUACUGCGGAUACAAGUGCGAUUAUUGAAUCGCCAAGUAUGGACAGAAGUGAUAUACAUUCUUAUAACAACGUAAGGACAAUUCAAGCAAUGCCAAAGAAUGACAAAUCUUACGGUCAACCAAGAUCAAAUCAGGUAAAUGCAGAAAGAUAUAUAAAGUCUUCAAAUAUCCUUAUUGUACACGAAGAUGAAAUAAGCGACCAGAGUAACAUUUAUCCACAGUUUGCUCAAACUCUAAUGAAUUCCUACAAAGGUCGCAGUAUAGAAGAUUCACCGAUGAUGAAUAAUAAACCUAAAGUAAAGCUAAUUUAUGCCAAGCCACCGAAACUUAGAAGGGAUUUAAUGGGGAAUGAACCACGCCAAGAAGUUGUACCAGUGACAAAAAUGAACACUGCACCAGCUUAUCAAUCUGUACCAAAGGAUAAUAACAGUUUUAUAUCGAAAAAGGUUGACCUCAGUGAUACGCCUGAACAAAAAUACACAACUGUUUCUAAUCAAUUCGGUACACUAAAUGAUUCAUUGGAGCGUGUUAUACUUCGUUUGUUCGACUCAGCUGUAGUACCAGGCGGUGCAUUACGCGGUGUUGUUUACAUAACUGCAAAGAAUCCACUUCAGUUGCACACAUUAGCAGUUACAGCAGAAAUGAUAACUAAGACUGUGUCUGCAGAUGAAAAACAAGAUAUGGAGAAACGUAUACCGAUAUCAUUUACUGUACUAUCUGAUGAUAAAACAGUUGGUAGAAGGAGACCUCUACGUAAAUUCACUUAUCAACAACCUGAAUUUAUGCAAUCACCAAUUAAAGAGGCGAAUUUCAGUGAUCCAUGCUUUUCACCGUUUAUAGGACCAGUUAUGCUUGAACCAGGUGAUCAUGCUAUCCCGUUUGCAUUCCCACUUGAUAGUGAUGCACAUCCAUCAAUACUAUUGAGAGGUAAAGUUGGCAUGUCAGGUGAAGCAGAAAUUGUACACAGGUACUUUAUUUACGCAACUAUGAGGCUGAACCGUGCAAAUGAAGACAAUCCACUGACAAUUAGUUCUAACGGUUUAAAUUUCAAGGUGCUUAGUUGUGGUCCUCUUGAUCACCAGUUAUCUAAUGGUGAUCGUGUACCAGCAAUUAUGCAAACAUUUACUAUGGAAAAUAGACAAAUGUUGAUACAAUUUGACAGUGUGAUUUUACAGGAUUCCGAUGAUAUUAACAUUUACCUAUUUACAGAUGAUCCAACUGGUCUACGUUAUGCUGAAGCCUAUUUACUUCGUAUCUUUCAUAUACCUGGAUUGAAAGUUUCUGAUACAAAAGCUUUAUAUAAAUUGAAAAAAUAUCCUCCGAAUGUUUUUAUAGAUGCACAUUCUGAAAAAGUUGCUUUCAUUGAAAACUUACCUUUACCGUUUACUGAAAUGGCUGAAACUGAAAGUGCAAGAUUACUUGCUGAUUCACAGCACUUACCAAGUCAAUAUCGAGAUUUUCGUCUAUCUUGUGAAUCAUUAAAUUCAGCAGAACAAUCGCAGAGAACACUACAACAGGGGACAUACAAAGAAUUACCAAGGGCUGCACGUAGAGCUGGUUGUCAUAUAACUAUGAGUAUACCGCUUAAUUCAGUUCCACAAAGCUCUUUAGAAGCACUUAAGAUCACCUAUUACGUCAGAGUUCUUAUUCAUGGAAAACGUAAAGUAAUGGCUUACAGCCUGCCAAUAUCUGUAGUUGAACAACGUGCAAAAGACUACAAAAUGCGUUAUCUAGGCGACGGGAAUCAUUUAUUCGACCCGGAAUACUUGAAAUUAAAACGUGAUAGUCGAUGUUCCGUUUCCUAG